UUUUUUUUUUUUUUUUUUUUUUUUUAAUAUCUUCGUUAAGCAGCUCUUACAUCAGCAGCUUUGGUUUGCCUUGAGUUUUCAGAACCGCAAGACACAGCUGUUGCUGUUUGCAGGGAUAGAAGUGCAGGUGGUGCAGAGAGGCAAGCCCUGCUCUGUGCCUAGUGGCCUGAGUAUUUAUUUAUUUAAUCGUUAUUUGUUUCUUUGUUUAUCUUCAAGGCAGGGUUUCACCGUGUAACCCUGGCUGGCCUAGAACUCAAAGAUCCGUCUGCCUCUGCCUCCUGAGUCUUAGGAUUGAAGGUGUGUACCACCUUCUGGACCUACUUCUUUUUUUUUAAUUUUUAAAAAAGAUUUAUUUAUUUAUCAUAUGUAAGUACAUCAUUGCUGACUUCAGACACACCAGAAGAGGACAUCAGGUCUCAUUACAGAUAGUUGUGAGCCACCAUGUGGUUGCUGGGAAUUGACCUCAGGACCUCUGGAAAAGUAGUCAGUGCUCUUAACCACUGAGCCAUCUCUCCAGCCCCCAGCCCUACUACUUCUUAUUUAUGUUUUUAUGUGUGUGUGUGUGUGUGUGUGUGUGUGUGUGUGUGUGUGUGUGUGUGAUAUGUGUGUUCAUAUAUGUAUAUGCACAUAGAGACCAGAGGAUGGCAUUGUCCUCUAUCCAUCUCCAACGUACGUUUGUUGCUGGUUUUUAGUUGUCGUUGUUUCUGAGAUAGGGUCUCACUACAUAUCCCUGGCUGGCCUGGAACUCAGAGAUUCACCUGCCUCUGAAGUGCUAGCAUUAGAGGUGUUUACCACCAUACUGCCUCACCUUACAUUUUGAGACAGGCUGUCUCAAUGUACUCCGAAUUCAGUUACUCAGCUUGACUGGUUGGUCAGGAGCCCUCAGGAACCAGAGCUGGGAUCACAGGGCACUCCAGCACGCCUGGCUCCUUUAGUGCAUCCCAAAGAUUGAUCUCCAGAUCUUCAUGUUUGCACAGCAGGCGGGUUAUACAUGGUGCUGUCAUCCCGGCCCUGUUUGGGUUUUGUGUAUCUGUUUACAUAUCUGUAUCCCAGGAGACACGUGACUCAGCACAGUGAAUCACCACUGUCAGGUCACUGUGGGUGGCUGAGAAGACAUUGUCCACUGGUUCUCUUCUAGGUCUGCUGUGGACUUUGUGUAGAGCGGUGUCCACUGUUUCUGGUGGAACUGGGGAUACAGGGUUCCCUAAGGUGAGGAACUGGAAGGGGUAGUUACGUCUUACUGUAAAACCAGAGUAGGUGCGUCCUGGCCACCGUGUUUGGGGGUGAGAACUCACCCCACUCUGGGUGGACUUCCAGGCUCUGCCUCAGAACCUGGCCCUCAGCUGAUGGGAGGCAACACUUCCCCGUCUUCCUUUCUGAGCAGGACCUCCUUCCACACUGACAUUUUCAGAGUCUCUUCAACACUUCCACAGCCAACUUCCCAUACGUCUGAGAAACGUAGAGAGCGAGAACGGCUUACAGUCCAUGGGCACCCGAGCGCGGGACAUUUGAGGUCAGAUGGCUGAGCAGGAAGUAAGAGUGAUCCACGCUCAGCACUUCCUGUGUGCAGGGCCUUCUCACCCACGCUCCUGCUGUUCCUGUUCUAUAGCCGAGGGAGGAUCCUAGGAAUCAGAGACGUUAGGGAGCAGCCCUAAAGAGACGCAGUGAAGAGAGAUGCUGACACUCUAGCAUUGGUCACUUGGUCACAACCCAUCCAUUCUCAGCAGGGAAAAGGGGAGAGAGAUUCAAGGUUAAAGCUCACCUGAUCAAACAAACAAAAAACAACCCACCACCACAACAAAAUAACCCAACAACCCUGUUCCCCCAGACCUUGGCAUUAGGAUAUGUUAGAAGCUUAUUUGUUUAUAAGCUAUAUAGUCAACAGAAUUUAUUCUCCAUGGCUCACAGAAUGUAUGGUGCAUAGCCUGAAACCACUUCAUGCUCUGACAUCCAGUUGCCUCCUGUGAUCUGAUGGUGACCUGUGUGCAGUAGAUCAGUCAUGUGACACUCAGCGGCAUCCAGCAGAAAGGUCCCCAUAUUUGUUCUUAGGUGCUCCUGUUGGUCCUUCUUCCCUGGCCUCUUGUGGUUGACACAAAUUGAUCCAAGAAGGAAUUCUCGGUGUCACACCCAGAUCUGAUGACUACCACACCUCAGAGGUCAACUGGGAAAGGGCAGGCCCUGAAGCAAACAGGUUUUAGAAUGUCACCCCAGCCUUUGCUUUUUGGUGUGUGGUAAUCCAGCCAGCCAGUGUGUGCAGGGUGAGGUAGGCGUUCUUCCAACACCAGAGUUCUUGCCUAAGGUUUUCUAACUAGGAAGGUGGGCACAUCUCUAUUGUUUAGAUCUUCAUGUCUUAACCCAGGGCUGUGGGAUGUGCAGGCUGGUGCUGAGGGAAGUAAGGACAGUGACUUCUCCCUCUGAGACAUCAUUCUUUCCUCUGUGAGGGUUCCUACCAACACAUUGACUAUGCUACCAGGCUUUCAGUAGAGAGCACCUUGGAGCAGGUCCUGACAGAAGUACAGGCAGCAUCUGGCCCUGUGUUGGCUGGUUGUGGGAACACAAGGUUUGCUGCCCCACUCCCCACCCGCUCACUCCAGCUGAUCUCGCAUACCGAGGAGCUUCUGUAUCAAGAGAGGUAUUUCUGGGGAUGGUACCAGGGUACUAGUUAAAUAUGAAGAGCCUGAUCCAAGUUUAAUCUAUUGUGCAAUUAAAUUGUUUGCAACAGUCACCCCCUCCCCCUCUUGUCUUCCCCUCUUUUCUUCCUCCCCUUUGUUUCCUCUCCUCCUCUCCCUUUUUUUUCCUCCACAUGCUCCUCUUCAUUCGGUGUCCUCUCCUCUCACACCCGCUCUGCCUCUUCAGAGCCUGUUUGCUCCUUGAACUCACCAUAGUGGAGGCUGGCCUUGAACUAUGGUCCUCUCACUCUCUUGCUGGCAUUCUAGGCCUGUAGCACCAUGCCCAGCUCAAAUGGGUAUUUCAUACAUAGAUUUUCCACUUCUCUCGAUAGGUUCUUAUCUUUUAAAAUAGCUAAAUGUGAUUGUUUGUUUGUUUAGCACAUUGUUUGAUAAAGCUUAGGGUCUUUUCCUCUCCUUCUUCCUCCACCACCAGAUCCUCCUGCUUCUGGGUUUCAGACCCAGGAGCAUGGCAUGUGUAAGUAGUUUCCUCCCCAGCCCCCAGAUUUGGGAUCUUGAGAAGUCUUACAAGGUAUCCGAGGAAGGGAAUCUUUCCUUUACUGUUGUUCGUACAGGUGACCAACCGUUAUCCAGGAGGGGAUGCUCAGAGAGGGUGAAGGUACCUCUGGGAAUGUGACCAGUCGUUUCAGGAUGUGUGUGUGUGUGUGUGUGUGUGUGUGUGUGUGUACAGUUAACCAAGAGUGUGUGCGCACAGGAGUGUGUACUCACAAAUGCACACGCACACACACACAGACUUGGGGGUCAGCGAAGAGGGCAGGAGUGUGUACACACAAGUGCAUACACACACACACACACACACACACACACACACCCCUUGGGGAGUCAGUGAAGAGGCCUUGCAAACUUCCCAUGAGCAAGGGCUCUCCCCGGGCCCAUGUCCCUCCAUAUUAGCUGGCUCAGAUGUCUGUAGGAAUCGAGAGUGAGAGUAGUGUGGCUGUGCUACCCUCUCAUUCCAAGAGUGAGCCACUCGAAGUUACGGCAGCCACACCCCACUGCGGGCCUGGGCACUGGUGCGGGAGGAGUGGAGCUGCCUCUCAGGGAGGUACGUGUGUGAGUGCCUGGCUGCCUUUGGACCGCUGGGCAGGGUUUCUGAGAGCAGUGCAUGCCCGUGGUCUCCCCUCUCCCCCCAUCAUCUGGCAUCUUCUAUCUUUUUCGAUCCAAUGGGAUUCCAACAUUAUCUUUUUCUCCACUCAAGAACAACACGGCCGGCAAGCUGUGCUGUACAGAUUGCUUGUGUACAGAUCUUCUUGUGUUAACUCAGCAAGCUUGAGACAGACCCGGGCACAGCUCGGGUAGGAAACUGACAUGACAGCUCAACUCUCACUCGCUCGCUCUCCUCCCAGGCUGCCUCUGUUCAGCAGGGUUUGUGCGGGUGCAGAAUUAGGGGAUUUUUUUUUUUUUUUGAGCCUGUGGUUAUGAAGUGGUGGCAUCACCUGCGUGUCCUGCUGGUCGUGGGCAUGAGAUUUCCCCCUCCCCCUCCCCCCAGACCUUCUGUGCUGACAGGUGGUGACCUCAGACCUGCUUAGGCUUCUUACCAAUGCCAAGAUACCUCCUCUUCCUGGCCUUCUGGGGGGGGGGGUGGAUACUGAUGACAGCUGCCACAGAUCCAGGCCUUGGGCUUUGCCUUCUCUGAGCUUUCAAGUCCUCUCAUGAAUGGUAGCUUCCACCCUUGCCUUCCCUGGUGGCGGGGCUGCCUGUGCCUGGAGUAAGGAGGGACAGUUGGCGUCGAGCUGUCCCUUGCAGACUGCCUGCUGUCAUGAGCUCUCACUGGCUGGCAGUGAAGACUGGAAAGAAAAAGCUGGAACGUUGUGCGGAGUGACAGCUCUCCAGCCAGGCCCUCCCUCUCUUCUGCCUCCAGUCUGGUCGGCAAAGGUGCUGGUACUUUUUGAGGGCAGGGAAUGUGUUUCGGAGAGGGCUUGAGAUCUGCAGCAGGGCUCCUGUUUAAACAGGGUUCUUCUCUGUGCACGGGUGUGUUUACGUGUGCAUUUCUGUGUGUGUUUGAGUACGCGUUGCUGCACGUAUGCAUAUGGUAGGGUGCUAAGAAGGCAACCUCAGCCAUUCUUCCUCAGGCUCUGUUCACAGAUAUUUUUGUUUGAGACAUGGUCUCUCGUGGGCCUGGAGCUCACCCUAUAUACUUGGCUGUCUGAGCAGCGAGCCCCGGGGACCUGCCUACUUCCUUCUCGCCAGGACUCAGUGACAAGGGCAGGCCACCAUACAUGGCUUAUAAAAAUUGUUACAUGCUUGGUUGUUAAUACUUGCAUGUAUGUGUGUGCACCAUGCAUACUUGGUGCCCGUAGAGGCCAGAAGAGGUCAUCAGAUCCCCUGGAACUAGACUUAGGGACAACUGUGAACCAUGGUGUAAGUUCAGGGAAUUGAACCCAGAUCCUCUGAGAGCCUCUCUCCAGCCUACUCACCCUACUUUUUAAGCUCAGGUUCUGGGUAUCAAAUAUGUCUCCUUGUACUUGCUCAGUAAGUACUUCACAGACUGAGUUGUCACCCCACCCCCAGGAGUCUUUCCGCUGUUAAAGGAGUUGCUGUCCCCUAGUUGUUGUGUUAGCUCUCCAGCGCUCUGAGCAGAUGGCCACAGGGCGGUGACCUAGAGCAAUAGAUAGGGGUUUAGUUCUGGUUCUGAAGGUCAGGAGCCCGGAGUCCAGGGGGCCAUGUUUGCUCCUCCAGGGUGCUCUGAGGGAAACCUUGGGGCUUUCACCAGCUCUCAUGACUCCUGGGCUUGGGGACACUGCUCCAGCCUGCCCUCCUGUGACUUGACACUUUCUCUUUAAGGAAUCUGCCAUUGGAUUUGAUCUCCUUUAAUUUAGGAUGAUGCCACCUUGAACACUUAAUUUAGGCCCAUAGCUUCUUUUUUUCCCCUUUGGAAUUACGUGUUCUCCCUCUGGGUGGGAGCAUGUGUGUAUGUGUAUGUGUGUGUGUGUGUGUGUGUGUGUGUGCGCGCGCGCACACGAGUAAGUGCUACCUGCAGGAAUCAGCUUUCCCUCCGCCGGGUGUGUCCCACUGAUUGAACUCAGGCUGCUAGGCUAAGAGGCAAAUGCUUUUACUCACUGAGCUGUCUAUCUGUCUUGCUGGCUCAGGAGGUAAAUCUUCAGACUGGUCUUCAGUCCUCAGUCUGGUGUUCUCCGAAGUGACACAGGGUUUGCACCUAGCUGCCUUGGCAUAGACCACUGUCCCAACCUCAGGAUACCCUGUCCUAGAAUCCACAUCCAAGGUCUGUCCAUGUCUCACUGUGUGCGACUGGGAACUGAGACUGUGAACUGGGUCUAUUGCACUUUGUCCUCAAGAAUUCACCCCACGCCACCCCCAGGCAGGGCAUUCUGGAGCCUUCUGGGUAAUAAUCCAUCAUCUUGCUGCCCUGGGUCUGAACUUCCUCCUGUCUGGGCGUCAUUUACUCCCACAAUGCCAGGCUUCUCUGUUCUCGGUACCUGUGUCCUCAUCCACAUCCGGCUGUGGUAGUCAUUGCCACCCUGCGCAGAGACACAGUGAACAAUGCUUCAGUGCUCCCAGAAGGUUGGGCGGCAGGAACAGAGCAGCAAGGCACACCUACCCAACUUCCCGAGGUGGAUUAAAAUAGCUCCCGUUAGUCUCUGCCCUGCGUGUACGAGCCGGCGCGUUCCCUGCCUGCCUUUCUUUGGAUAUCCACUGUGGCGUCAAGGCUUUCGAGCACACCUAUUCCUUCUAGUUCUAUGUGCCGAAAGAGUUGGCCAGAUGACUAAGACAUACAAUGACAUUGAUGCUGUCACAAGGCUUCUUGAGGAGAAAGAGCGGGAUUUGGAGCUGGCUGCGAGGAUCGGCCAGUCAUUGUUGAAGAAGAACAAGACCCUAACUGAGAGGAACGAACUGCUGGAAGAGCAGGUGGAGCACAUCCGGGAAGAGGUGUCUCAGCUCCGCCAUGAGCUGUCCAUGAAGGAUGAGCUGCUUCAGUUCUACACCAGUGCCGCGGAGGAGAGUGAGCCUGAGUCUGUCUGCUCAACCCCGCUGAAGAGGAACGAGUCAUCCUCCUCCGUCCAGAAUUACUUCCACCUGGACUCUCUUCAGAAGAAGCUGAAGGACCUCGAAGAGGAGAACGUCGUACUUCGAUCUGAGGCUUGUCAGCUGAAGACGGAGACCAUCACCUAUGAGGAGAAGGAGCAGCAGCUGGUGAACGACUGUGUGAAGGAGCUGAGGGAUGCUAACGUCCAGAUUGCGAGCAUCUCUGAGGAGCUGGCCAAGAAGACGGAAGAUGCCGCCCGCCAGCAGGAGGAGAUCACGCACCUGCUGUCGCAAAUCGUGGACUUGCAGAAGAAGGCGAAAUCCUGUGCGGUGGAAAAUGAAGAACUUGUCCAGCACCUGGGCGCUGCCAAGGAUGCGCAGCGCCAACUCACAGCCGAGCUUCGAGAGCUGGAGGAUAAGUACGCCGAAUGCAUGGAGAUGCUUCAUGAGGCUCAGGAGGAACUGAAGAACCUGCGGAACAAGACGAUGCCCACAUCCCGGCGCUACCACUCCCUGGGCCUGUUCCCCAUGGACUCCUUGGCUGCCGAAAUUGAGGGAACCAUGCGCAAGGAGCUGCAGCUGGAAGAGCCGGAGUCCCCAGACAUCACCCACCAGAAGCGUGUCUUUGAGACGGUGAGAAAUGUCAAUCAAGUGGUCAAGCAGAGAUCGCUAACCCCUUCCCCCAUGAACAUCCCGGGCUCCAACCAGUCUUCAGCCAUGAACUCCCUCCUGUCCAGCUGCGUCAGCACCCCCCGUUCCAGCUUCUACGGCAGCGAUGUCAGCCACGUGGUCCUCGAUAACAAAACCAACAGCAUCCUCCUGGAAACUGAGGCAGCCGACCUGGGGAAUGAGGAGCACAAUAAGAAGCCGGGCACACCAGGCACACCAGGCUCCCAUGACCUGGAGACGGCACUUAGGCGGCUAUCCCUGCGCCGAGAGAACUACCUAUCUGAGCGGAGGUUCUUCGAGGAGGAGCAGGAGAGGAAGCUGCGAGAGCUGGCUGAGAAGGGAGAGCUGCACAGUGGCUCGCUCACGCCCACCGAGAGCAUCAUGUCCCUGGGCACACACUCACGCUUCUCCGAGUUCACGGGCUUCUCCGGCAUGUCCUUCAGCAGCCGCUCCUACCUGCCCGAGAAGCUGCAGAUCGUGAAGCCACUCGAAGGUUCAGCCACACUUCACCAUUGGCAGCAAUUGGCCCAGCCUCACCUCGGGGGCAUCCUGGACCCCCGCCCUGGUGUGGUCACCAAGGGCUUCCGGACUUUGGACGUUGACCUGGAUGAAGUGUACUGCCUUAACGACUUUGAGGAAGAUGACACAGGUGACCACAUUUCUCUGGCGGGCCUAGCUACCUCCACAACAAUUCAGCACAUGGAGACCUCAGGUGAGAGGUCUCGAGCACACGUGACUGUCUCAGGCAGCAGAAGUUACUCCAGCCAGCCUCAGGCUUCCCCAGAGGAGAUGCACCAGCCACCAGAGCAAGCGGGCCUGGAGGAGGAGGAGGAGGAGGAGGAGGAGGAGGGGUCUGCGCACCACCCUGGGAAGUGCAUGUCACAGACCAACUCGACUUUCACCUUUACCACCUGCCGCAUCCUGCACCCUUCAGACGAGCUCACGCGGGUCACGCCAAGCCUUAACUCAGCCCCAGCUCCAUCUUGUAGCAGCACCAGCCACUUGAAAUCCACGCCGGUGGCCACGCCAUGCACCCCCCGGAGACUGAGCCUGGCCGAGUCCUUCACAAACGUCCGCGAGUCCACGACAACCAUGAGCACGUCCCUGGGGCUGGUGUGGUUGCUGAAGGAACGAGGCAUCUCAGCGGCUGUGUACGACCCCCAGAGUUGGGACAGAGCCGGCAGGGGCUCCCUCCUCCACUCUUAUACCCCUAGGAUGGCUGUGAUCCCGUCCACCCCACCAAAUUCCCCUAUGCAGACGCCCUCGGCCUCCCCGCCCUCCUUCGAGUUCAAGUGCACGAGCCCUCCCUACAACAACUUCCUGGCUUCCAAGCCUGCCAGCUCCAUCCUGAGGGAGGUGAGGGAGAAGAAGCACGUGAGGAGCAGUGAGAGCCAGACGGACGUGUCUGUCUCCAACCUUAACCUUGUGGACAAAGUCAGGAGGUUUGGGGUGGCCAGAGUGGUGAACUCAGGACGAGCCCACAUCCCCACCUUGACUGAGGAUCAGGGACCUCUCCUCUGUGGACCGACCGGGCCAGCACACGCUCUUGUCCCUGGGGGCCUGGUCCCCGAGGGACUGCCUCUUGGGUGCCCCAGUGGCAUCCGACGGAAUCGCAGCUUCCCCACCAUGGUCGGGUCCAGCGUGCAGAUGAGGGCUCCUGUAAUCCUCACCUCUGGCAUCUUAAUGGGUGCUAAGCUCCCCAAACAGACUAGCUUGCGGUGAGGCUGGGGGAUCGCUGCCCCAUCUGCUCCCUGCCUCCUGUCCCCGACAGAGCACUCACACCCUUGUCUCCUCUGAGGUCUGCUUCUUCUGAGCUAGACAGAUCAACCGUGUGCCUCGAGGAGGGAGGUGGACCUCCACAUGGUGUGUAUACAGGACUCUCUCUUCCAAUCCACAGGAAGUAAUAACCCUACAAGGUCACACUCUGGGGAGGAUGGCGCCUGAGCUCACCUAGGGGAAGGUGGUGUCCUUUCUUCCUUACUUUUAAGAAGCACUGAAAUUCCCAAGGCUGUUCUUAUCCCAUGGAUAGGAAUCUGGUGAAUUCUGCCUAAGACUGUCUGGUUGCACACGCAGCUGCCACGUGGCACAGGUCUCCUUGCUUGCCUGUGACAGCCGACCGGGCUGCCCGCUCUCAGAGAGUUGUCCUUUCAGUCGUAGGUGGCCCAGCUUCAUCAAGGCAAGGUCUGCACUAUCCUGCCCCGACGGCCUGUCUGUUCUCUAGACAUGACUUCUUCUCAUGUCUCUGACUUGAAGUUAACCUUGCAUUUUGUCACAAGUUGUCAGGGUUAGAGCCUGACGCGAAAAGAAUGUAUUUACACUCCGACGACGCACCAUCAGGCGGCCCCUCCGAGUUCUGUUCGUUUGAUUUUCCUUUUCUUUUCCAUUUUUAGAAUUUUCAUUUGCAGGGAAGUCUCAGUACUGGCAGUUUCUCUCUUGGUUCUGACACCAAAAUGCAAGGGGCGCACACGCUGACUUGCUAAUGACAUAGCUUAUUUCCGGGACCCAGUGUCACACAGCCAGGUUGAUAUGUGACCAGUUAUCACUGUAACCAUAGGAUCAAGGGGAAAAGGGACAAGACCGUUAGCCCUAUACACAGUGGAGGGGAGGGGCCGAAUCCAUAGCACACCGCAGUGCAUCCUGGGUCAGGGUGUGUCAGGGUUGAUGGCUGCUGGCCCCUUUGCACUCUGAAGGGAGCUCGGGCCGUGUGGUAGAACUCUGUGGCCAUUCUGUGGCUGCAUUUUUUUUUCCAGUCCUCUCGUUUCAAAACUAGAAUUACGUUUCCUCCCCAUCCCCCAAGUGUACUGUCCCCAUUUCCACCCAUAGGAAAAGACCAGAGGUGCUUAUGAGUGGAAGAAGCGGGAGCAAGUGAGUGACCUGGGUCGGUCGCCGUCAGCUGUGCAGUGACGAACUUUUAUUUAUUAUCCACGUGUGCUGUAUUUUAAUCAGAUGCCCUCUCUGCUUCCAGCUCCAGCCUCUGUGUGUGUGUGUGUGUGUGUGUGUGUGUGUGUGUGUGUGUGUGUGUGUGUGACAGAGAGAGAGAGAGAGAGAGAGAGAGAGAGAGAGAGAGAGAGAGAGAUUGAUUCCGGCCCAGGUAUAUAUUAUUUAUUUACUUUUGUCUGAGGAUGGCUGUACAUCUGUGUGUCACAUGGUCACCUGCCCCAGACAUCUGUGGAAGAUGUAGCACCCUGUGUACUAGAAAUUAUCACACGAACAACCCCUCCCCCAGCAAAAGAUGUGUCCUUGAAUCGAGCGAGGGUCACCUUAUGUCCACCAAGGAUGCUCGAGAAGGUCCCCAAGCAGCAAACUUCAGUCCCACUAUUUCAAACUAUUUAUUCUCCAGACGGAGCUGGUUCAUCAUGUUCUCAGCUCUCCUGGCUGCCGUGUACGUGUGCAGUCACUCCAAGUAACAUACCCUUUUAUUUGAAUGUAUUUUUAAAGCAGUAGGUAGGACGGCAAAGGAGGGUGACCACCUUGGCGUGGAUGGACCGUGUCACAUGUUCAGAGGGGCCUCCUGUCCGCACUGGAAACGCCAGUGUGAGAACCGGCACUUCAGAGGUCGUGAUAGUGUAGUUAGCAAACCGGUGAUCAACAUUGAGCCACACUACCUAAAAGCCUGUUGUAAUGCAUCAGACCGGUGACAAGAUUUCAUUCACUAACGAAUAUCAAUAAAACAAGCUCAAAGGAUGGAAA